UGUUCUGUGUUCAUGGCUGACCAGUCAGAUGAAUGGAGGACCUCCCACAUCUGGAGUGGAUCCCUCCCAGAACCAGGGACAAUGGCAACAUUUACUUUGGAGAACGCCUCCCUCUGCAUGUCAGAACAAGCCCAACACAGCUCCAGCCACCAUCCAGACGAACUCCAGCUAUGGACAAGAUCCUGAUGACUUCAUGGACUGGACGGAGGGCCCCCAGAAGGAUAAGAACAAAAUUGAUCAAUGGCAGAAUAAAUACCCCUGUCGUCAGGUUGAGGAACCUAUGGACGUUGAUGUUGUGGGCAACAAACAUUUACCUCCAAAUAGGCCUCUCUUUGCAAGUCAGAACCAGCCCAACACAGCUCCAGCCGCCAUCCAGAAUAAGUCUUGCUAUGGACAAGGUCAAGAUGACUUCAUGGACUGGACAGAGGGCCCCCAGAAGGAUAAGAAGAAAAUGGGUCUAUGGAAGAAUAAAUACCCCUGUCAUCAGGAUGAGCAACCUAUGGACGUUGAUGUUGUGGACCACAAACAUUUACUUCCAAAUAGGCCUCUCUCUGCAAGUCAGAACCAGCCCAAUACAGCUCCAGCCGCCAUCCAGAAAAAGUCUUGCUAUGGAAAAGAUAAAGAUGACUUCAUGGACUGGACAGAGGGCCCACAGAAGGAUAAUAUGAAAAUUGGUCUAUGGCAGAAUCAAUACCCCUGUCGUCAGGUUGAGCAACCUAUGGAUGUUGAUGUUGUGGACAACAAACAUCUACCUCCAAAUAGGCCUCUCUCUGCAAGCCAGAACCAGCCCAAUACAGCUCCAGCCGCCAUCCAGAAAAAGUCUUGCUAUGGAAAAGAUCAAGAUGACUUCAUGGACUGGACAGAGGGCCCACAGAAGGAUAAUAUGAAAAUUGGUCUAUGGAAGAAUAAAUACCCCUGUCGUCAGGUUGAGCAACCUAUGGAUGUUGAUGUUGUGGACAACAAACAUCUACCUCCAAAUAGGACUCUCUCUGCAAGUCAGAACCAGCCCAAUACAGCUCCAGCCACUAUCCAGAAAAAGCCCUGCUAUGGACAAGAUCCAGAUAACUUCAUGGACUGGACAGAGGGCCCACAGAAGGAUAAUAUGAAAAUUGGUCUAUGGCAGAAUAAAUACCCCUGUCGUCAGGUUGAGCAACCUAUGGAUAUUGAUGUGGACAACAAUCAAUCAACAUUAAGUAGCAAAAACACAGUGAGUCCAAGCCAAUCAGCUGGUACAACCAUAACAACCGUCUGGCGCCGCUCAUCAAAAGCAGCUACUCGUUGGUCAUUCUCACAUCAGAACAAAGUGAAAUGUUGGCCAUACAGUCAGACAACCCGUAUCCAGGCAACCAGGCAACAGACACCAAAUGUCACGGCCUGAUUCCUUCUGAA